UUGGUUCCGCUUUUCUGGAUCCAAUGAGCUGCACUGUAUCGAAUUUGCUUUUUAUUGUUCUGAACCUUAGCAGUAAUACUGUGUGUGUGCUCUAUGGACAGAUUGUUAUUAUCGGAAAAGUAAUUUCCUAGGGUGACACUACAGAAAAAGUGUGUAUAAUAUUCACUUUAUUCCUCUGAACCUUUUAUGGCAGUAGCCUAUGGAUUUUUAUCAAGCAUGCUAAGGCUGGUCUAAAAUUACUUUUUGUUUGUCUGGUUUUUGUUAGUAUUCCCAAGUGUAAGAAACAGAGAUCAAACUCUCCAGAAGCUUGUGGUGUAUCUGUGAGGAAUAACAGAUCCUUGGAGCAAACACCUGCAUUAAUUGAUGCAAAAAAUGACUUCUGAGCCAAGGCCCACCAGAAGGAAGCGACAGAGAUCAGAAUCUCCAGAAUACAGCGGGGUGUCUCUGAAGAGUAGCAGGUCCAUGGAGCAUCCCCCUAGACUCAGUGAUGCAAUUGUGACCUCUCACCCUCUCAGUAAGAAGAUAGAUGAGCUGAGCAUAUGUGUGUCAUCCACUACAUCCCACUAUCAGACCCACAUCAGGCAGGACAAAGCUGAAGUCGUCUGGCAGAAACACACACUGGAAACUGAAGACCUACUAAGAGUCAAAGACCAGCACAAAACCAGAAUGAAGAACAAAUAUGAGAGAUUAUUUGAGGGAAUAAAACUCCAAGAGAAUGUAACCCUCCUGAACAGGAUCUACACACAGCUCUACAUCAUAGAGGGAGAGAGAGAAGGAGUGAAUGAAGAACAUGAGGUUUUACAGAUAGAGAAAACAGCCAGAACAAAACACUCACAAGACACUGCAAUCUGCUGCAAUGACAUCUUUAAAGCCUCAGCUGAAGCAGGAUGUGAGGAGAAAGAGCAGAUCAAGACUGUUCUUACUAAAGGCAUCGCUGGAAUCGGAAAAACUGUCUCUGUGCAGAAGUUCAUUCUGGACUGGGCCGAGGGAAAAGCCAAUCAGGAUGUAGAUUUCAUGUUUGUGCUUCCAUUUCGAGAGCUGAACUUGAUCCGAGAUCAUCAGUACAGUCUUCACAGACUUCUGCUGGACUUUCAUCCUGAACUUCAAGAUCUGGACUCACAGAUUUAUGAGGAGUGUAAAGUUGUGUUCAUCUUUGAUGGUCUGGAUGAAAGCAGAAUCACACUGAUGUUUUCAGAUUCUCAGAAAGUUUGUGAUGUGACUGAGACUUCAUCAGUGGCUGUGUUGAUGUCAAACCUCAUGAAAGGAGAGCUGCUUCCCUCUGCUCUCAUCUGGAUCACCUCCAGACCAGCAGCAGCCAAUCAGAUCCCCUCCGAAUACAUCCACCGUCUGACAGAAAUUCAGGGAUUCACUGAGCCUCAGAAGGAGGAAUAUUUCAGGAAGAGAAUCAGUGAUGAGCAUCAAUCCAGCAGAAUCAUCUCACACAUCAGAAGAGCAAGAAGCCUCCACAUCAUGUGCCACAUCCCCGUCUUCUGCUGGAUGUCAUCCACUGUGCUUCAGAAGCUCCUGGAAGACGAUCUGAGAGCAGAAAUCCCUCAAACUCUGACUGAAAUGUACAUCCUCUUCCUGCUGAUUCAGAUCAACAUGAGGAAGCAGAAGUAUGAAGAGAGAGAUCCAGAGAAACUCCUGCAGUCCAACAGAGAAGUGAUUGUGAAACUUGCUGAAGUGGCUUUCAAACAGCUGAUGAAGGGCAAUGUGAUGUUCUAUGAGGAGGACCUGAUUGAGAGCGGCAUAGACAUCACUGUUGCUUCAGUGUAUUUUGGGAUUUGCACUGAGAUCUUUAAGGAGGAAUCUGUGAUUCAUCAGAGGAAAGUCUACAGCUUCAUUCAUCUGAGCGUUCAGGAGUUUCUUGCUGCUUUCUAUGUGUUUUACUUUCACAUAAGCAGCAAUACAGAAGCAUGUUUAGAUUCACUGCACAAUUUGCAUAAAAGAGCAGUAGAUAAAGCCAUUGAGAGUGAGAAUGGACGUCUGGAUCUGUUCCUGCGGUUCCUGCUGGGCGUCUCACUGGAGUCCAAUCAGAGACUCUUACAGGAUCUACUGACACACACAGAGAACAGCUCAGAGAGCAUCAGGAGAACCACACAGUACAUUAAAGAGAAGAUCAAAGAUGGACAUGGACUCUCCACUGAAAGAUCCAUCAAUCUGUUCCUCUGUCUGCUGGAAGUGAAAGAUCAGACUCUGUCCAGAGAGAUUCAGGAGUUUGUGAAAUCAGACAAACACCCAGAGAAGAAACUCUCUCCUGCUCACUGCUCAACAAUCUCCUACAUGCUUCAGAUGUCAGAGGAGCCGCUGGAUGAGCUGGACCUCAUGAAAUACAACACAUCAGACGAAGGGAGAAGAAGACUCAUACCAGCUGUGAUCAACUGCCGAAAAGCUCUUCUGGCAGGCUGUAAUAUCACUGCUCAGAGUUGUAAGAGUUUGUCAUCAGCUCUACAAGCCUCAAACUGUGUCCUGAGACAGCUGGAUCUGAGUAACAAUGACCUGCAGGAUUCAGGAGUGGAGCUGCUCUCGGAUGGACUGAAGAGUCCAAACUGCCAGCUGCAGAUACUGAGGUUGUCAGGCUGUAUGGUGACAGAGGAAGGCUGUGGUUAUUUGUCUUCAGCACUGAGUUCAAACCCCUCACACCUGAGAGAGCUGGACCUGAGCUACAAUCACCCAGGACCAUCAGGAGUCCAGCUACUCAAACACAGAUAUGAGGAUAAAAACUGCUCACUGCAGAUGCUCAAAUUGGACCAUGGAGAAAAUUUCAGGAUCACAAGAGGGCUGCGAAAAUAUGCAUGUGAUCUCACACUGGAUCCAAACACAGCACACACUUGUCUCUCUCUGUCUGCAGGGAACAAGAAAACAAAGUGUGAGAGAGAGAAACAGCCACAUCCUGAUCAUCCAGACAGGUUUGAGAACUGUGAGCAGGUUCUGUGUAGAGAGAGUUUGACUGGACGCUGUUACUGGGAGGUUGAGUGGACCGGAUGGGGUCAUGUAGCAGUGGCAUAUAAAGGAAUCAAGCGGAAAGGUGGGAGUGACUGUCGGUUUGGAUUCAAUGAAAAGUCCUGGAAUAUUUACUGUUGUGAUACAAUUUACUCUGUCUGGCACAAUAAUAAGAGCACAAACAUUCCUCGCCCUUCACCAUCUACAAGAGUAGGAGUGUAUCUGGAUGUGUCGGCUGGCACUCUGUCAUUCUACAGUGUCUCUAACACACACACAGGCACACACACACUUACACACUUACACACGUUCAACACCACAUUCACUGAACCCCUGUAUGCUGGGUUUCUGGUUUAUCGUGAUUCUUCAGUGUUUCUCUGUCCAAUGUAACAACCUCUUGUGAGAAACCACAAAUUUAAUUGUUAGGAGUGUCUAUUACAUUUCAUAAAAAAAUAAAAUUUUCAUAAAAUAAAUAAAUAAAUAAUUGUGAGUUUGGAAUUGUGACUAUUUCAUUGUGAGAUAAGUAGUUGACUAGUUACAUUAUAACAUAUAAUCACAUUGUAAGAUAACUUGUAUUGCCAGGUAUACAUAUUAUUCAAUGCAAAAUAAAGCCGUUUUCUGUGAAUGUGCGAGACUUUUCUGGUUCAAUAUCUGCUGUUGGGAAAUAAAAAGAAGAAUAACAAACUGCAGUUUGCGGUUCAAACCAGUGUGUUCAUAAUUAAGACUAUACACUAAAAUAAUAUGGCAAGAAACACCUGUUGAAACAUUUGAAUCUUCAUAUUUGAAUCCUGUUUGUCAUGUGGAUUUUUUUUCACAUUUUCAUUAUAAGCUAUCAUCUGCUGUGUGUGAGAGACUUCAGUGAGUCAAUGUGAAGGUCUGUAGAAGCAUUCUUAGCUCUGCUGGACUCUUUAAUUAAUGCAUUAAUUUAGUGUGUUCUUAUUAAAGCUACUGAAGAUGAUGUCACUGUUUCUUAGGAUCCAUAGACUCAGUUUCAUCGCACUGGAUUGUCAGGAACUGUUAUUUCACUGUUUUAUAUUCCUGUACAACGUACACUAUUGUACUAUUCAUAUUAAAUCACCUUUUACUGAUUGAAAUUAUCAUGAUAUAAAUAAGAUAAUCUUCUACAACACUGAAAUUGUUUUAUCUGUUUGUUUGAUUUUGUUUUGUUGGUACUUUGGCAUUUGUCACAUGCUUACACUGUUCUGUAUAUAGACGGUUUCAGUGGCAACAACAUAAACAAACAUUACUGCGCAUGCACGCAUUUGUGGUCCUAACUUAACUUCCGGUAGACUUCCAAAUAGAAUCAGUAACAACAGCUAAGUAGUACCUCUUGAGUAGAUUAUUAUUGAUAACAAACUAAAUAUGUUUGCUGCAUAAAUCUGAUGUACUGUACAUGCAAAUUCAUUCUCUGCCAGCAGGAGGUGCUUUAAAGCUGGAGAAACAGUAACUACUGUACACAAAACAGCGCUGAGCUCACAAACACUGCUUUAUCAGGCAUAUAACAUGAAAGAUUAAAUGAAAAUUAUAUAGAAAAUUUAAUAGACUAAUUAAAGAUAGUCUUCCUUCAGAAAUGCAGUGAUAUAAAAUCACCCGCGCCUCAUUUUGAUUUUUGCAGUACGUGCUCAUGUUUAAUCAACGAAGCCUUUUGGAAAAUCACUGAUACUGUGAGCGCCACAAAUAAAUAAGUGUAUGGGCAACACACCCCACAGCACAAC